AUGGAGCCAGAAACAAAAGUUGCAGCUACCUGCAUACAUGAUGAGCCAAUCACCAACGAAGAUCGUCUAAGUCUAAGCCCUGCAUCCCGUCUGUUUCAUUCACCGCAGUUCAACUGCUACAUCGUUAUAGUCAUGGGUUGCCAGACAGGAAUCAAUCCGGACGUUGUUAAAGCUGGUUUAAAGGAAACCUUGUAUCAUCAUCCUCGCUUCUCUAGCAAGCUGGAGAACAAGGAUAUCAAAGGUGGAAAGAAGAGAUGGAUCCGAGUAUCGGUAAAUGAAGAAGACCAUGUUUUUGUUCCAAACUUGGAUUCAAAUAUAGACCAUCCUGAUCAAUUUGUAGAAGACUACAUUUCAAACCUUACCACAGCACCUCUUGACCUUUCCAAGCCAUUAUGGGAGUUACAUCUCCUCAAUGUUAAAACCUCGUAUGCAAAAGCUGUUGCAGUGUUUCAGCUUCACCAUUCAAUGGGUGAUGGUGCAUCUCUCAUGUCACUUCUUCUAGCAUGUACCAGAAAAACAUCUGACCCAGAUGCAUUGCCUACUGUUCCCACCAGGACUCCGGCGGAUUCUUCAAGUAAUUCGAGCUGGUUCUGGUGGUUCAUAUUGGCUAUUUGGUCUGGAAUAACACUGAUAUGGAACACUUUAGUGGAUAUGAUGCUGUUUAUAACAACACUUGUAUUUUUGCAAGACACAAAAACUCCUAUCAAAGGUGCCCCUGGUGUUGAGCUCACUGCAAAGCGCUUCGUGCAUCGGACAGUCAGUUUGGAUCACAUAAAGCAAGUGAAGAACGCAAUGGGGAUGACUAUCAAUGAUGUUGUAUUCGGAGUGACACAAGCAGGUCUCUCGCAGUAUCUGAACCGCAGAUAUGGCCAAAAUGAGAAAGAUGAGGGAUCAAAACAGAAGAGGAGUAAUCUUCCGAAAAACAUCCGCUUGAGAGCAAAUGUUCUCGCUAAUUUAAGACCAACUGUUGGAAUCCAGGCUCUGGCUGAUAUGAUGGCUAAGAAGUCCAAGGCUAGGUGGGGUAAUAGGUUCGGAUAUAUUCUUAUCCCCUUCACCAUUGCCCUACAAGAUGGACCACUGGAUUAUGUUCGUCAAGCCAAAGCCGUCAUUGAUCGAAAAAAGCACUCGCUUGAAGCUUUAUGCACAUACGUAAUUGCCAAUGUUUUAAUCAAACUUAUAGGAGCUAAGGCUGCUGGAGCUAUAGCACACAGAGUUAUUUCUCAUUCCACACUAUCAUUCUCAAACUUGGUUGGUCCCCUUGAAGAAAUUAGCUUUUACGGCCAUCCAAUAAAUUUCAUGGCUCCUUACGUUUACGGGCAUCCUCAUGCAUUGCAUAUGCAUUUCCAAAGCUACGUUGAUAAAAUGACGAUUUGCUUAACCAUCGACCCGGACACAAUACCUGACCCUAAUAAGUUGUUGGAUGAUUUAGAGGAAUCACUCAAACUCAUCUGUGAUGCUGUUUUAGACAGAGGGCUCACCAAGGAAGAAGUUGUCUAG